AGAUAGAAUAAGCUUGAAUAUACUCUGGGAGUGCUCUAGCAGAUCAAAAGCUGCAGAGGACGCUUGAUUUAACCGGGCGGCCAUGGCACCGGCUGCACAACCCGGCCUCCGCCGAAUAGGAGGACCACCUAGGAAAAUUCCCCCUGCUACCCCCGCUCGCAGAGAGGCAACCGGUUCGACCGCCUCGCCAUCUACCUUGGCCGGAUCACAGUCGGCUCCAGCGAAAGAGGAAGGUACUCAAUCGAAUCGGAAGAAAGUCUCUCUCCGGGCCAACCCGUCUUUGAUCUCCCAACUCGAAUUCGAGGAGGAAGAGGAUGACGACUGGGAUGAAGUCGCCCUUCCGCCAGGCCGCGAGCCCAUAUCCAGGGACUUUGCUUCUCCUCCCGCCGGUGGCAUGAGUUCUCGAGCAGCUUCGAAAGCACUCACGGUGACUGACGACGAAGCCGCUACGGACAGGACUGCGACAGCCACGGAAGGGGAAGAUGAGGAGGACAAGGAUCACAAUGACUUGAUGGCAGCCUAUGGAUAUGAUUUCAACGCAGAGGAGAAAGACCAGAAUGCAGCUCACACUGAUAGAGGAGAUAUCGAGAUCAGCUUGGGAGCUCGGGACGGUCUGACUGAGGAACAGCGGAAGGCUCAGGAUGAGUUAGCAAACAGAAAGAAGCCGUUGACGGCAAGAGACCGUGCACUUAGACUCGAGGCCCACAAGCUGCAUAUAAUAUGCCUGCUUGCGAAUGCUUCGAUCCGAAACAAGUGGUGUUGUGACGAUCUGCUCAAGUCAAGAUUGCUAUCUCUUACCCCUCACGCACUCCACGCAGCCUUUCACAUACCGCCAUCUCGUUAUCCUGAUGCGAUGCACCGAGCGAGGUUGUUUCAGACAGCGCUCCAGGAUCUUGCAACAUGGUGGGCGAACGAUUAUUUCGAGGUUUCGGACACGAGCGUCGGCAUACAGACUCGGGGAUGGGACGAAGUCAUGGAGAUUGUGGAACGGCUGCCUCGGUUGGUCCAAAACGCCGGUCUUCAGAUCGUCGUCGAUGGGGAAGACAAGAACCUGGAUACUGCACUGAAAGAAGGCAGGAUGCGCGCCGUCGAGAAUCUAGACCAAAAAGUGGUCGAGGAAUUCCAGGCUGCGCUUGGUCCUGGUGGAGAACGGAUACGAACGGUCAAUUCGUUCAUGAAGAAGGUCCUGCAGGCGCGAGGCGGACGAGACACUUCGGCCCAGCUAUUCGUAGCGCUGUGUCGUUCGCUCGGAUUGGGGGCGAGGCUGGUCGUCAGCUUGCAGCCAAUCCAGUGGAAAGCAGACAAGCAGCCGACGCCUAAAUCAAGUAGUAGCCGUAAACCCGCUGCUCAGGACGAAGGCUCCUCCGCCGCGCAACAGACGAAAGGCUCAGCUCGAGGAAAAGGCAAACAGACCCGCCGGAAAGGCAAAAUGCCAGAGAAGACGGCCAGCGAAGAGGAGGAGGAAGACGAGAUGGAAGAAGUCCAAGUGACGGGCAGCAACGCUCAAGCUCUUGGCUCGAGCACGCUUGACCAGGCCGCCCGGAAUAUCAAUGCGAUAGAUCCUAUUGUGAUUUCAGACACUGAGAGCCAUGCGACCAAUGCUUCAAGUAAAAGCAAGAAGCUGAAUGUCGGCAAGGGUGGAGAAAUGAACCCGCUUAAGAAGGAGAGGGCGGAUUAUUACAAGCUGGGAAAGUCUAAACCGACAGGUCACAAGCUUGGCGGGCCAACAAAGUCGAAAAGGCGGAAAGAAGAAGACCUUACACGCUAUCCACCGGUGUUUUGGGCGGAGGUGUACUCGCGAUCCGAGCAGAAGUGGAUUCCAGUUGAUCCUGUCAAGGGCGUCAUCAAGAGGAAGAAAGACUUUGAGCCAUCGAGUGAGACCGGACCGAUUCGGAUGUUAUACGUCGUCGCCUUUGAAGAGGAUGGAUAUGCACGAGAGGUAACAGUGAGAUACGCCCGCAACUUUGCUGCAAAGACCAUGAAAUUGCGGGUUCCGGUCAAGAAAGAUCAAGAGGAUUGGUGGAACAGAGUUAUGCGUAUGUUGGAGCGACCAUACCGCUUACAUCGGGACGAUAUCGAGGAUGCUGAACUCGAGAUGAGCCAAGUCUCAGAAGGCAUGCCGAUGGUGAUGGCUGGUUUCAAAGAUCACCCAUUAUACGUUCUGGAGCGCCAUCUGAAACGAGAAGAAGUCAUCAUGCCAAAACGAGAGGUCGGACGAUUCAAGGGCGAGCCGGUUUACCGCCGGAGCAAUGUGGUCUCUUGCAAAACCCCUGAAAACUGGAUGCGAAUAGGAAGAAUCGUCAAGGAAGGACAGGAACCUCUGAAGUGGGUGAAACAGCGCGCCGUAACCCUUGACAGGCGACGUGCCCAGGAAUUGGCGAAUCAGGAAGGCAAGGAUCCUAUACAACAAGGUCUCUACGCGGAAUGGCAAACCGAGCUGUUCAGACCCCCACCGAUCAAAGAUGGCAAGAUCCCAAAGAACGCUUUCGGGAACCUCGAUCUGUACACUCCUACUAUGUUGCCGGAAGGAGCUGUUCAUCUACCUUACAAGGGCAUCGCCAAGGUCGCCAAACAGCUUGGGGUCGACUAUGCCGAAACGUGCACGGGAUUCGAGUUUAAGAAGCAACGAGCCAUACCAGUCUUGACGGGUAUCGCAGUGGCAACAGAGUUCGAAGCUUUGGUGCUUGAGAACUAUUGGAAAUCGGCAGCGGCAGCGGAAGAAAGAGCUCUCAACAAGAAACAGCAGAGAGCUCUGGAGCGGUGGUUCAAACUGAUCAACGGUAUCAAGAUCAGAAAACGGGUUCAAGCUCAAUGCCUCGUACGACAUCUCAACCUAAGCGCGCCGAGCAGACGAAGCGGCCGGAGUCUGACGACCGCGACUCGCCGAUGGUAGAUACCACUCCCACCGCUACUCUGGAUCGACAAGUUGCUGCCAAGAACCCAAGCAUGCCGAC